AGUUGGAAACAUGAUUGUAACUAGGAUAACAAUUACGCUCUCUUGUAUACUUCUGUUGAAGUCAUGUGCGGCUCUUCAAGUUGUAAAUCAUAAUCAAAGUGAAUCUCGAAAUAAUGAGUUCGGCAUAGAGGAGAUGCUUCUCUUGAAUCGUCAGUUCCUGGAUUUUCUCAUUGGAUACGAUAGCACAUUGGUUUUGCAAUCAGAGGAUCAACUGUGUUUAAGCACAAUGCAACAACUGUCAGUGGCGUAUUUGAAUCGAGAACAUCACGGAUUGGAGUGGUUUGAUUCUUGGGGAAAGAUUCCUUCCGGUAUGCAUCAUGGCAAUGGUAACGCCUUUGGAAACUUCGAUCAGUGUCGUUUGUACAGUUGGCAGGGGGUUCGUGGACAACAUUGUACGUUUUUGGCAGCCCUUUCUAGCAGCUUACCGCCUUUCGUUUCGUCCUUGUGUGUACCACAUUUCUGUACACCGGUUUUUGCAAGACAGCUUUAUGGAGAAUAUUUAAUAACCCGAGGAGCUGUUGUUAUAACCGAUAUAAAUCAGGAUUUGUUUUGCAUUCAAGAUCGCGAUAUUUUGUACGACGGCGGUGUAGUAACAGCAAUUGUAAUCUUCUCUAUUAUCACUGCUCUAGUACUAUCUAGUACGAUCUACGAAUUAGUACAAAUUCAACUGAAACGCGACGUCGUUAGUCUAUAUAGUGCAUUCUCCUUGUACCGGAACUUACGGAGUAUUCUGCACAUCGCUCCAAAGCCGAAAGUCAUCGAGAAUAAAUCAGAUACGAUUGAUUGCGCCCACGGAAUUCGGGCCAUUUCCAUGAUCUGGAUUAUCGUUGUUCACAUUCAUGAAAGCAUUGGCCCAGUUCCUGUUAACAAUGAUCUAGCGAGAACAAGUUAUCUUAGCAGUUUCGGAUCCGUGGUCUUGUUCGGGAUGGGAUAUCUGGCAGUAGAUACGUUUCUGGCGCUGAGUGGAAUGCUGGUAGCUUGGAAUUUGCUUAAAGAGUUGGACAAAAAAAGGAAGAUCAACCCACUGAUGUUAUACCGUCAUCGAUAUAUUCGAAUUACAGCCCCUUACGCGGCUUUGGUACUUUUUGUGGUUUCGUUCGCUAAAUACAUGGGAGAAGGCUUUAUGUGGAAGACUAUAAUAGAUGCAAACGAUGAAACGUGCUCCAAAUAUUGGUGGUCUGCUCUGCUGCAUAUACAAAACUAUGUUAACCCGAGAAGCAUGUGUCUCGGAUGGACUUGGUAUCUAUCUGUCGACAUGCAACUAUAUAUCCUCGGUCCUGCUCUUAUCUAUCCUUUGUGGCGCUACGGAAAACGUGUUUUGUUUGGAAUCGCUUUGUUGGCCUUGCUGUCCAUGGGAUGCGUUUUUACAACGGUUCUCAUUAAUGAUUUCCGGAUCAAUCAGAAUGCUCCAAACGUGCAAGACAAAUCUGUUUUAACUUAUUAUCCAACUCAUGCUCGUAUGGGCGUUUGGUUGUUCGGAACAAUCUUUGGUUACAUUCUAUAUAAGACGAAAUCGACGGAUGUUAAUUUAACAAAACGACACUAUGCCAUUGGAUGGUCUGUCUGUUUCGCACUUCUAGGACUGAUGAUGUACGCGCUGUAUGAGUUUGUACGAACGGACUUCAACGACUUCUCCAACGUAGCGGAUGCAUUUUUUGAAGCACUUCACCGACCCGUUUUCGGUAUUUGCGUUAUGUGGAUCAUCUUUGCUUGUGUGAAUGGCAAGGGUGGACUUAUCAACGAGCUGUUAAGCUCCGUACUUUGGCAGCCAUUGUCUAAGCUUUCGUUCACGAUGUAUUUGUUGCAUGUACAACUGCUGCUGAUGGCGUCCAUUGCUUCAGUGAAAACAGAUAGUUACUUUAGUGUGAUGGAUAUGUUUUAUCGAAUCUGGGGUGCUAUAGGAUUGACGACAAGUAUCGCUGUGCUUUGGAGUAGUAUAUUUGAAAUUCCAUUUGUAACCCUAGACAAACUGUUGUUAAGAAGUUAAUUAUAGUAUGACUGAAUAUCGUGGAUUAUAAGCAGUAGUAUAGUAUU